GGGAACGAACAACAGCCUCCCGAUGCUAUGUCCAAAUUAAUCAGCAACCUGUGAUAACUAUUUUGGAUACUGGUGCGGUCGUCAGUCUAAUAUCAAAGAAUCUGUUAGAUAAGUUGAACCUUCGGAUCAACGAAAAAUCAAAUACGAUAGUCGUUACUGCAACAGGAGUCCGGGAGAGAAUGUUAGGAAAAGUUAAGAAUAUAGAGGUUUUGGACCAGAAAGUAGGGAUCCCUAUCGAUCUACAAGUCGUGAAAUCAAGGGACGAAAUGCUACUACUAGGAACAGAUUGGUUCCAGAAAUCUAAGGCCAGAAUACACUUCGAUGAAAAGAAGCUAUAUUUACAAUACGCAGGGGAAGCUAUAGAAGUGCCAAUUUCCCACCAUGGUACGGAGUCCCUCUUAGAACCCGAGAGCGACCAGGAAAGCGCAGAGACUGACUUAUUUGAUGAAUUCGAAUACGAGGAAGAAAAAGUAGACGAAAGAGGUGGUUACUACACUGGUGACGUGCUUUCGGACGAAGAACUAUAUGAGAACCCUUGGGAAGAAAUGGAAAGUCUGGCAAUAUACCUCACUAACGUGGAGGAGGUCCCUACGCUAGAAGGGGAAAAAGAACCUGAAUUGACCACGAAGGAACGAAUCGAAAGUCUAAUAGAGAAAAAUACCGAGCUCGGAGAAGAGGACAAGGAAACCCAAUCCAAGAUGGUGCAAGUCAUAACCCCACCCUUAGGAGACUCAAUGAACGUACAAGGACGAAUGCAUAGCAUGUAUCGACACUUACGUUGGCUACAACGUACACAACAAUGUAUCCAGUCUUUAGUAUAUGCCUACUAUCUUGGAAUGCUGCUUACUCAAUAA